GAAGAAUCGACUCCAGCAGAAACAAACGGAGUAACGUGCUAAAAAGUAAUUAUUAAACCUAAAUUAAGUUCCCUUGUAGAAAGAUAUCUACCCACGAUGCUGGACCUAUACAGGCGAACGGUGAAACGGUUUCCACUGGGCAGCGUCAGCUAUAUGUUUGCCUACGGCUCCGGCGUGAAACAACAGGAGGGCUAUGAAAAAGUAGGCAACGGAAAUAUUCAGCGUCCGCCUCCAGGCACAGUUGUGGAUCUGGUUUUCUGUGUGCGGGAUGCCCUAGGAUUCCAUGCAGAGAACUUGCAUCGGCAUCCUGAACAUUAUUCCGCCCUACGACUCCUAGGGCCGCGCUGUGUGGCCAACUAUCAGGAGCGAUUGGGUGCAGGUGUCUAUUGCAACACUUUGGUGCCAUUGGCGGACCUGGGACUGACCAUCAAGUAUGGUGUGGUGUCGGAAGAGCAGUUACUGGAGGACCUACUGCACUGGCGGCAUCUGUAUCUGGCCGGUAGACUACAUAAACCGGUCACCGAUCUAGUGAAUCCCGCAGAUAACCCGCCCCUAAAGGCGGCUCUGGACAGGAAUUUGCUUUCGGCACUCCAAGUCGCUCUGCUCCUCUUACCGGAUAAAUUCACUGCUUACUCGCUAUUCCACACCAUCGCUGGCUUAAGCUACAAGGGAGAUUUCCGAAUGAUUUUUGGCGAAAACAAGCAAAAAGUACACAAUAUAGUUAAUCCGCAAAUCAGGGACUUCUUCUCCUUGUACCAACCUUCUCUGGGACAACUCUCCAACUUCGUGGCUGUCAACAUGAAUGGCCAGGAGCCAGGGAGUCGGAGGCCAGCCAUACUAUUUGAGCAGGAUAAAUCCCAGACAGCUACGGCUCAGCACCUGCACCAACUGCCCGGGGAACUGAGGAAGCGUCUCGAGCGGAAUGCCGCUUGUCGCGGCGACUACGCCGAGGUGGUGGACCAUCUCUCCAUGGUGCCUCAGCUGCCCGAGGUGCUGCAGGCCUCGGUCAACGACAUCGUAUGGCGCAGCAGUGUCACGCAAUCGAUCAAAAACAUUGCCAGUGCUGGUGUUUUAAAAUCCUUAGUCUAUAGCUACCGAAAGGCUCAGAAAACCUUUGCUGUUUAGGAAUCCUAUUCGGGAUAACUCUUAGGCUGCCAUUUACCGACUAAGUUGCCCAUCCAGCUGCAUUUUGUUAUAUAAUUUUAAGCCUAAA